GUACAAAAGUUGGAGUUUCUUUUAGCUGAUGCACUGAAUAAGAAGUGCGACACUAUUUUUACAUGUGGUGGAGUGCAGUCAAAUCACUGUAGAGCCACUGCAGUAGCAGCAAGACAGCUUGGUUUGGACUGUUAUUUGUUUCUUAGAAGCUCUGAACAGGUCAGCUACAUUGUAUAAUUAUUUUCUUGCAAAAAUAAUAUGCAUGUACAAAAACAACACCUUUUUACAUCAGUCAGUCGCCGUAACUUGAUGCCCUUGCUGAGCCUAUCCACAUUAGCUCACAGUGAUAUAUAUUGCUAUGGGAACCAGAAAAACAUCCCUGGAGCAAGGGCAGAGAACCAACAACAAACUCAAUGCAAUGUUUGGUUUCACUUCCACAAUAUUCAAACCUGGGGUACAUUAAUAAUUGUUUGGAUGUGCAUGCAUGCUCUAACUCUUGCGCUAUUCCACCACCCUUGUGCUGCCAUUUUGAAUCCUACAUUAAAUUUAUUAAAAGGUUUAUAAGUUCUUAUUCCUCUACACAGUAGCUACCUCAGAACUACUGGUAUACACAAUAACAGUGUACUGCACUAAUCAAUAUGUUGCCUUGUGUCGUUUGAAUUUAUUUUUUGUUAUGUGUGUCACCAGGCACAAAUAUUCUAACACAGUCAACUAGCUGGAGCACACUUUUAGAAACCUCUGUAAAAAAAAACACCUACUGUUGUUGGCUAAUUCCGUUGCUGGUUUUAGCAAUUUUCUGCAACUAGCUUCCCUCAAUGUGACAGACACCUUUCUACAUGUACAAGUCCCGAAAGUUGGUCCUGAUUCCCACCAUGUCUAUCUUAAAGAGAGUUGAUUGAAUUUCAAUUUCUGUUAACGUUUGAACUAAGCACCCUCUUGGAAGCACACUGUAGAGCAUUUUGUUGAUUCCUGUUCAUGUUGAUGCAGUCUACAGAUAUUGGAUGUAAAGGAAAUCUUUUUCUAAACAAAAUGGUUGGAAGCCAUAUUAUUGUUGUUCCAAAACUUCAAUGUAAAUCAGGCCUUAAACAAAUGAUGGAGAAAAUGGCAGAAAAAUUGUAAGUGGCUAUUAUGACUUAAAAAGAGACUACAGAAACCUUUUUUAUAGCUGGAACAUUCUUAGUGGUAUACAUUGUAUGAUGGGACUUCUGGCAAAAUAUCAGGAAACCCUACACUUGUAUUGGCCACCUACAAAUUGUAAACUUAAGGUUCUUUGUCCCUCCUCAUCAAAAGAAAUUUGAUUUCUAAUUUUUCUUUUUGCUUCUAUUAUUAAGUACACUGAAGCCAGUGAAUAUUUUUUCAUACUCAUUGAAUAAUAAUACCUGUCUAUAAUUACAUGUAACUGAUUUUAGAAUAUUGCUGGCCAACUCAAAAUGUCCUUAAAGGCCAAACCGUAUAGUAGUUUCAGUGCUGUAUUAAUUGUUAGUCUCAUUUAUUUUAUCAGGAAGCAACAGGGAUCCUCAGCAUAUUUGAUAGAGAUAGGUGGUUCGUCUUACACAGGGAUGUUUGGUUACUUGACUGCGUUUCAAGAGAUGAUACAACAGGUACAAGUUAUUUGUAUGGAAUGGGUUAUGUAACAUGCAUUUUGUAUGUCCAAAAAAAAUUCAGGUUAAUAAUUUUUUUUUAACCUGGGUAGAAUUAUUUCCUUUGUCUCCUUACCCUACAUGUAAUUAUUCAUGAACUGGGCUUAAUAGGAGGCAAAGGAAAUUGAGCAAAGUAAGUUAAAAAAACUGAAUUUAUUUUUGCCCAUAACACAUGACAUGUAUCUAUUCAAAAAGUGAUUUCUAAGGUCCAGUAAGUGACUUUUUAUCUCAAUAUUAUUUUCAAUUUCUCCCUUUAUAUUUUUCAAGCAAACAAAACAAAGGUAAUUUGUAUAGGUAAUAGCAUGAUUUGUAGUGAUAUUUGGCAUAAAUACUGUAACUGCUGGUAUCCCGACCAGCGGGCUUACCCCCUUGUUUAUGAGGAGCAUGCGCACGGGGCCUCGGCAUUGGCGGGCACGAGGCCACCGUGAAAUAAUCUGAAGUUUUCACUAAGGUUUUCUUCAAGUUUCCCAAGUGUUUUGUAAGUCGUUUGUUUCAGUUUUUCUUUGUCGUGCUACGGAUUUCUAAAGCUUUCUAACGGGUGUUUGUGAUGAUACUUGUGAGUUGAUUCAGCCUCGUGUAUAAUUAAACGUUUUGUUGUUAUGUUCAUCGCCACGGCUAUCAUGUGCCGCCAGUCACAGCCACAGUUAUUUCACGACCUCAUGGACUUUAUGGAUUUAAAAGGAUAGUUACGGUGGUGCUUCUAUUUAUCUAUAGUUUUUAUCUGGUUUUACGGUUCUGGGGAUAUUUACGGUCAUGGAAGGUGAAGGCAAGGAAUUUGCGGCUUAUUUUGAGAAUGACAAUUUGCUGAGAUUGCAAGUUUCGCGUUCGCACUCUCCAACAAUGGAUGCGGAACUGUUUCGUGUUAUAUCGCCGCUUCACACUCAGCCAAAGGAUGCAGCAUCAGAAACGGGACUUCCUAAUUCAGUAAAGGUUCAAGGUUCGCUGAACAUGGAAGCAAAAUCGACGGUAAGUGAUGCUGAAGCGCUAGGAGUGGGCAAAAGGAGAAAAAUUCCAACGGAUAAAGGCAAACAACACGAGUUACAAAGGUUAAAGGAUCAUAGAACUGUGGCGUUACGUCACGUAACUAGACAGAUAAACAAAAUGAAACCGCUACUUGCUGAUCUUAUGAAUUAUGAAUUUGUGUCAGUUGAAAUGGAAGGUCUUAACAAUUUGCUUGUUAAACUGCAAGAUGCUCAGAAUAAUUGUGUUGACGCGUUAGAAGAUGAAACUGUUAUUGUUAAUGCCAAUUCAUGGUACGAUGCUCACGAUGGAGAUGUCUUUAAAUUUAAACAGUCUGUCAUUGAAUAUUUGUCCCAGGCGAAAAGGCAUCAGUCUAAUGAAGUAAACUCUGUUAUCUCUAGUGGGUCUCAUCGCACAAGAAAGUCAAAUCACUCUAAACGGUCCACCUCAUCUUCAAUUUCAUCUAAAGCUAAGUUGAUAGAAGCAAAAACUAAGGUUGCAGCAUUGGAAAUUGAAGCAUCAUUUCUGAAGGAAAAGCAAGCGCUUAAAAUGGCAGCUGAACAUUUAGAGCUGAAACAGAGUUUAGCUCAAGCAAGGGAAGAAGAAAGGAUUUAUGAAGAAAUGAAGAAUGAAGAGUCAACCUUGGCACCUGUUCAUACAAAACGUCCUCCGAUUUGUACAAUACAAUCAGGUAACUCUGCUGGUUUGGAACCUACUUCGCAGCAACAACUUGUAAGUUCUUUAGGCGUUACAGAUUAUCAACAGCCUUUACAAGCUAGUCCUCUUAGUGCAUUUACGGUACCUCAGAAGGGACCCAUUUACACAACACCGAUAAAUACUGGUGCAUCACAGAGUAAGGAAGAGACUACGGCCUACGCAGCAAAACCCCAUGAACACCCCUCGAGUGUACAUUCUUCAUCAUACCCAUCUUUAGCAACGACUCCUGCUGUUACGUAUACUGCUCCUGAUCAGGUAUGAUGUCUGCCACCAUCACCCCCACAAGGUUGUUCAACAAGUUUGUCAGUCAAAGACAAUACUUUCCAAGACAUUGUGGAAAUUCAACGAAAACAAACUGAGUUGUCUCAGACUAUUGUCAACCAGCAAGCAAGGAGUCUUUUGCCCUUGAAAGAGCCUCCUAUGUUUUAUGGUGAUGCUAUGGAGUAUCCAUUAUUCAUGACUGCCUUUGAGUCAUUAAUCGAAUCAAAGGUUGAAGAUUCCCAUGAGAGAUUAUAUUUUCUGGGUCAAUACACGUCAGGUAAAGCAAAGGAAAUUAUAAACGGUUGUCUACAAAGGAAAAUGGAAGGAUCCUAUGAAGAAGCUAAGAGACUUUUAAAGAGACAAUUCGGUGAUCCAUUCAAGAUAGCUAAUGCCCACAUCACGAAAUUGUCUUCUUGGCCACCAAUCAGACCAAACGAUGGUUUAGCCCUCCAAGAUUUCUCUAUUGCCCUGGAUCAAGCUAAAUCUGCUAUGAAAGGCAUGUCUCAUAUGGAUGAUUUAAACACUGCUCAUGUACUGCGUCAACUGUGGGAAAAGUUACCUAAGUACCUGCGAACCAAAUGGACUGAAAGGAACAAUAGGACAAAAAGUGCAAAGGGAAGAAUAGCCGACUUCGAAGAGUUCUCUCAAUUCGUGCGUGAACAAGCUGAUCUUGCCACAGAUCCUGUGUUUUCAGAGCAAUAUGUUAGCAAGCCAAACCAUGAAGAAAAAGACAGAGGCACUCAUCUUAAGUUUCCAAGAAAGCCGCUAAAAAGGGGAAAAGGGACAAACCUUGCUACUGGUGUAAAUCAGGAAGAUAGCAAUUAACAGACUGUUGUAUGCUCUUUAUGCAAGAAGCCUCAUAACUUAAACGAGUGUGAACAGUUUUUGAAGAAAUCUCUCAGUGACCGUCGAGACUUUGUAGUAGAGACGAAACUGUGCUUCGGCUGCUUUAGCGACCAGCACAUUGCAAAGCAUUGCAAGGAAAGGCAGACGUGCAAGACGUGCAACAAGCAGCAUCCAAUGUCACUACACAACCCUGAUGGAAUUAAGAAAUCGAACGACAAAGGUGACAAGAACCAACCUCAAGAUAGACCUCGACGUAGUAGCAAUCACACUGCCAUCUGCAACAUAACUGAAGCUGGAGAUGUGCCGAUUAACAUGGGUAUAUUGCUAGUCUGGUUGUUUCAUAAGAGUAAUCCAGCGAAGAAAAUACGAGUUUAUGCUUUACUGGACAAUGCCAGCAGUGGAACGUUUGUGAAUGAGAGCGCAGCUAAGGCUCUUGGGGUUAAAGGAAGUAGCACUGACCUCACUCUUACUACAAUCCAUGGAACACACAGCGUAACGUCGAAGGCCAUUGAAGGAUUAGUCGUAGCUAAUGUCAAGGACGAGAGUGCAAGGUUAGAGUUGCCCAGAACUUUCACGCGAAACAUCAUUUCAGCGGACCGCAGUGAAAUACCACGACCUGAUGUAAUCAUUAGGAUGUUCCAUUUGAAGGAUGUUAGUGUCGAACUUUCCCCCUACAUGGAAGAUGUUGAAGUGGGUCUUCUUAUCGGAUUGAACUGUCCAAGUGCCCUACGACCAAGAGAAAUUGUUUACGGUGGAGAAUCAGAUCCAUAUGCUGUACGGUCGCUGCUCGGAUGGUACAUAAACGGUCCUCUCUAUACUCCCUGUCAGAGUAGCAUCUUAACGUGCAACAGAAUUCAUCUUAAUCAGCAAGACACCUCAUCCCCGCGAGGAUAUGUAGUCUCUCAAAGGACGGUUAAGGAACAGAUAACCCCGCAGGCAGUUGAACGAAUUUUUGAACUUGACUUCUUCGAAAAGGAAAAGGGAAUAUCAAUGUCGCGCGAAGACAUCAAGUUCUACGAGAGUGUGGAAACUGGUAUCGUUCAUCUCGAGGACUUGCACUAUGAAAUGCCCCUCCCUUUCAAACAUAAGAACACUCAGCUCCCAAACAACUACGCUCAAGCUGAGAAGCGCCUGAACAGCCUCAAGAAACGUCUAAUGUCUGAUGACAAGUAUUACACGGAUUACUGCAGUUUUAUGUCUGAUAUCAUUUCGAAAGGGUACGCUCGGAAGGUGGAUGACGAUCUUAAAGAUCAGUCAGGCAGAACCUGGUACCUGCCGCAUCACGGAAUUUAUCACCCGCAAAAGCCAACGAAAAUACGCGUGGUGUUUGAUUGCUCGGCCUCAUUCGAAGGACACUCCUUGAAUGACUUAAAUUGCUCCAGGGACCAGAUCUCAGCAGUAACUUAGUCGGUGUUCUUACCAGGUUCCGGCAAGAAAAGUAUGCUUCUAUGGCAGACAUUGAAAAAAAGUUCUUUCAGGUAAGAGUAAGGAAGGAAGAUCAAAGUUUUCUCAGGUUUCUAUGGUGGCCAAACGGAGAUUUACAGAAGGAGGCCGAAGAGUAUUGCAUGACAGUGCAUUUGCUCGGUUCAGUAUCAUCCCCUGCAUGCACUAAUUAUGCACUUAAACGCACUGCUGACGACAACGAAGAUGAAUACGGGUCAGAAGCAGCCAACACCCUUAGAAGGAACUUUUAUGUGGACGACGUUCUCAAAUCGGCAAGCACAGAAGAUGAGACUAUUAAGCUAGCAAAGGAUACCAAAGCAGUUUGCCAAAAUGGUGGAUUUAACUUAACCAAGUUUGUGGGAAACACAGAGCGUAUCAUCAGCUCAAUCCCUCAAGAACACAGAGCAGAACAGGUGAAGAACCUCACACUUGGCCAGGACAAGUUACCCAUAGAAAGAGCGUUAGGAGUUAUUUGGUGUAUUGAGUCAGACACGUUCAACUUCAGGAUUGAACUUAAGGAUAAACCUUGCACGCGGAGAGGCAUCUUAUCGACCAUCAGCUUGAUUUAUGAUACCUUGGGUUUCAUCGCUCCUGUAGUACUGGUCGGAAAGAAAAUUUUGCAGGACAUCUGUCACUCUAAUAGCUGGGAUGAGCCAGUCGACGAUGCCACCCGCAGCAGAUGGGAAAGAUGGCGAAAUGAGCUGUACCUACUUGAAAGUUUCAAAGUACCAAGAAGCUUUAAGCCCUCGGAGUUUGGAAAGAUUGUGUCCGCGCAACUCCACUGUAUGUCUGACGCUUCGACGUGUGGUUACCGUCAAUGCUCGUAUUUAAGGCUCGAAGACGAACACGGCAAAGUACAUGUCUCUUUUGUUAUGGGAAAGGCGCGAGUGACGCCAAAAAAGACCGUCAGCAUCCCAAGGUUAGAGUUAGCUGCAGCCUCAGUCUCUGUCAAGAUUGGUGAUGUUCUAAAGGAUGAGCCAGAGUAUGAGAACAUUGAGGAUCACUUUUGGACGGACAGUAAAGUCGUCCUAGACUUUAUAAGUAACGAAUCCAGUCGGUUUCAUGUCUAUGUUGCCAACCGGGUUCAACUCAUUCAUGAUCACACCACCCCCUCACAGUGGCAUUACGUCGAAACCACUUCAAAUACUGCAGACGAAGGUUCAAGGGGUAUGUCACCUAAAGACUUUGUUGAGAAAUCACAAUGGAUUCAAGGCCCUGACUUCCUUAGAAAACCUACAAGCAGUUGGCUGAACGAAAAGUCAUACAAAGACACUGUGAACCCAGAUUACCCCGAAGUGAAGACCACUAAGGUUAACACAUGUGUAUUGAAAGAGAGUGACGUCAUAGUUGAGAGACUUCUCAGGUUCUCAAGCUGGCACAAAGCGAAGGUAGCUGUCGCACUAUGCCUAAAGUACAAGAGGAAGCUCAGAGAAAAGGUCAUGUCUAAAGGGAAGGAGUCCAGUGCUGGAUCACCAGAACAAAGGUAUAUCAGUAACACCCCUGCAGGUGCAGAACUUAACGUUGCCAACUUACAGGAAGCAGAAGGGGAGAUCAUAAAACAAGUACAAAGACAAGCAUUUCCAUCGGAAAUAAGAAGUCUCCAAAUCGUUCAAGCGAACGCUAAGUACGGUAGCCGGGAAGUAGAAAAGGAGAAGAAGGCUGUGCUGAAGAAAACCAGUACGCUUCGCACGUUAGACCCCUUCCGAGACAGUGAUGGUGUCAUGAGAGUUGGCGGGCGAAUACGGAAGGCGACACUAUCGGAGUCACUCAAAAACCCUGUCAUCUUACCAAAGUCAAGCCACAUUACUGCACUGGUUAUCAGCUACGCGCACGAAAGAACACACCAUAGCGGAAGAGGAAUUACGUUGAAUGAACUUCGUGCUAGUGGCUUUUGGAUCGUCCGUGAAAUUCGAUAGUCAGGCAGUUUAUUUCCAAAUGCGUAACAUGUCGUUACCUUUGAGGUACCGUGGGAGAGCAGAAGAUGGCUGACUUGCCGCGCGUGGAGCCAGCACCACCUUUCACCUACUGCGGAGUCGAUUUCUUUGGCACUUGGCACGUACAACGAGGAAGGUCUGUCGUCAAGAGAUACGGAGCAUUGUUUACUUGUUUUGCAAGUAGGGCUGUACACAUAGAAGUUGCAGACUCCUUAGAAACUGAUUCCUUUAUUCAAGCAUUGAGACGGUUCAUCUGUAGAAGAGGACCAGUCAGAGAAAUUCGUUGUGACAGAGGAACGAAUUUUAUUGGUACGGAAGCGGAACUCAAGAAAGCUGUUGACGAGAUAGACGACCAAAAGGUCAAAGCAGAACUCCUUAAAGCCAAGAUCGAUUGGAUUAAGAAUCCUGCAUCCGCGAGUAACUUUGGAGGCGUGUGGGAAAGGCAAAUCAGGUCAAUCAGAAACGUCAUGAGUGGUCUUAUUAGAGAGCAUGGUAAUCGUCUUGACGAAGAAUCGCUGAGAACAUUCCUUUGCGAAGCAGAAUCUACAAUCAAUAACAGGCCUUUGACGGUAGAGACACUCAGCGAUCCUCUUUCAGAGCCACCAUUGUCGCCAAGUAUGCUGCUGAAAGGAAAGACAAGGCUCGUACUACCUCCACCAGGAGAAUUUAAGAGAGAAGACUUCUACUGUCGAAGGAAAUGGAGACGCACGCAGCACCUAGCACAAGAGUUGUGGUCAAGGUGGAGCAAAGAGUACCUGCAACAGUUACAAGCAAGAAUCAAGUGGACUCGGCCAAAAAGAAAUUUCAAGGUUGGAGAUGUGGAAUUACUGAAGGAAAACCAGUCUCCGAGAAACAGAUGGCCUUUGGGUAAGGUCGUAGCCACGCAUCCUGAUGAUCAAGAUCGAGUCCGAUCGGUGACAGUGCUGAAAGGCAAUGGCUCCAAGUUGGAAAGGCCUGUUAACAAGCUCGUCUUACUUUUGGAGGCGUAAUGUUUAGAGACCGGGAUUCCCCGACGAGGAGCCCGAGCUUUUUAUGAACGCUUUCUCUAGGAAAUAAGUUUUAGGACUGUUAUGGACAUAGUUAAAGUUGUUGUUAAAAUGUAAGGCAAGGCUUACAUUUUGGGGAGCCAUGUAGCUGCUGGUAUCCUGACCAGCGGGCUUACCCCCUUGUUUAUGAGGAGCAUGCGCACGGGGCCUCGGCAUUGGCGGGCACGAGGCCACCGUGAAAUAAUCUGAAGUUUUCACUAAGGUUUUCUUCAAGUUUCCCAAGUGUUUUGUAAGUCGUUUGUUUCAGUUUUUCUUUGUCGUGCUACGGAUUUUUAAAGCUUUCUAACGGAUGUUUGUGAUGAUACUUGUGAGUUGAUUCAGCCUGGUGUAUGAUUAAACGUUUUGUUGUUAUGCUCAUCGCCACGGCUAUCAUGUGCCGCCAGUCACAGCCACAAAUACCACAAGUAAUAUUUUGAAAUUGUUAUACGUAAUUUCACAAGCCGUUAGGCGAGUGAAAUUUGAGACAAUUUUGGUAUUUACGCCAAAUAUCGCAUACAAAUCAUUCUAUUAUUUGUUUAUACUACUACCCGCAAAAGUUUAAAUUUUUAAUUUUCACAUGAAGGUAUUUCAAAUUAAACUGAAAUACCACUGCUCUGAACCAAUCAAAGUGCAGAAAUUUCUCAUGUAGUAGUAGAAAAUCUACAUGUACAUUGUAGCAACAGGGGUCUUUUUUGCAUGAGCAUGCGCGACCGCUGAACAAGCGAUGUGAAUGGAGGCUCACCACAGGGUUUGCCUUCAUCAAAAUGGCGCGUCUCAAAGCUAUCAUAGCGAUUAUUUUGCUCCUUGGUCUUGGUGAAUGUGCUUGUGAUUUAACAAAAUGUGUAGUUUGCAAAAAAAACUCUAACAUGGUCCUAACAAAAGCGAAGUAGACCAGCUUUAACAUACACGAGCUACUAUCAAAUUUCAUCUCCUCACUUGACCUGGACAACAGCGCGCGUAUAUGUAGUGCCCGGAGGAUUUGCGCUGACCUCAUCAAAGUCUAAACAAAGUGCAGAAACGUUUGUUGAUGCAAGUAAACACUUUUCAUUUUCUUUGUUUUGAGAUGGGAAAGGAAGAGAAAUAUUAAAAAAAAACCUAGCAAAUUUCAGCGAGUGAGUUCGAAGUGCGCGAAAGCCGAUGUUCAGCUCAGCAGUGAAUUAAUAUAUGUUCUACAAUUUUCCCAGCACUUUAAAGCUACAAAAUUAAGAGCACACGAGACGUAGAUUAGUCACCUGGUGAGAUGUUGGUGGUAGUCACUCUGUAUGUCUCGAACAAUAAAAAAAUGAAUAUCAAUGAGACACAGUCAAAACUGCAUUCAAUAGGACCGAAAUUAAAGUCCAAUCUUGUGACCGAUAUUGAUGAAACAAACGGUUAGGUUUCCCAGGAAGUACAGUAAACAAAAGCAAACUCCUGUAAAAGAUGCGUUACAAUGUUAGUCCACGCAAAAACAAGAAUUUCUACAAUUUUCCUGUAAAAUACUUAAGGCAAUUACUAUUCCAACUGAAAACGGCGUGGUAGUCGCCCGCUGAUCGUUAUUAAUCCACUACCAAAAUAUGACUAAAUCAGCUAUUAACAAAUUAUUGACAGAAAUCCUCUACGGCAUCGAGAAACUGAUUUACAUCCGAUUUAUGGACAAACACUAAAUAAAGAACAUUUUGCUUAAUGGCUACGCAUCAGCAAUGCAUUCUAUACCAAACUUUGCGGUUCUUAAAGGGGAAUCAAGACACGAGUCGAGCGCCAAACAACAACAAGCAGCCAUGUUCGUGUCAGACAUCCUUGAGAAACUUGCUCUUUCACCUCGUUCAGCGCACCAGUCUCCACUUUAAAUCAACAGAUCUUUACUUAUUUUGUACAACGAAGCUCUUUCCUAAGUUCCUGCUACCAUAUUAAUCUCAAGCAAGCUUUCAAAGUGAACAAUUUGGUUCCUAUGACUAUGCAGCACGGUCGCUGUUACUGCUCUUUGACAAGUCAGCGGUCGCGCAUGCUCAUGCAAAAAAGACCCUUGUUCAUUGUAGCACUGAUCAGAAUUCCCUUGACAAUAAUUUUUUCCCGGAAGCAUCUUAAAUGUCAAACAUGGUUGCCACAGGGCAGGAAAUGGUCAGGGAAAAAAUUUCUUCAAGGUCAGGGGAAAGUCAGGGAAUUUCACUUCAAGUCAGAGAAAUUUUAAUUCUUUGAAAGCAGACAGGGAAAAGUGAAGGUUUAAGAGUACAUUUUGUACAUUUUAUGGACAUGAAUCAUGUUAUAUUGUUCAUGAAAUUGAAGAACAAGCUGAUGUUGGGUUUUCAAGAAAAUCGAUCCUUUUUUCACUUAAUGUUAAGAAACUAUCAAUAUUUAUUCAUGUACACGUGUACAUGUGUCUUGCUGAAAGCAUAAAUUGAUAUUAAAAUGGCUGUAGGGGAUCAGGCUGUGAGAAAUGCAUUGAGUACAUUAUCAGGACUGGUUUGUGCAGUAGUUAAUCCAAUGGGUCAAGGAAAUUUUACAUUUAGGAAAACGUCAAGGAAAAUCAGGGAAUUUCAGAAACCUCUGGUUGUGGCAACCCUGUCAAAUGUUCUCUGUGGUCAACUUUGUUGCUUUGUACGGCAUUCAGUUAGUAAUGACUUGAGAUGAAUUUAAGAGAAAAUUCCAAGGAUUAAUCGCAAUGCAAAUGAGGCUUGGAAGUGAAAAAAUAAAAUUAUCAUCUCAGAGCAGAAGGAUUUACUGUACACGAGUCUAUUUGGCAAACAUGGGUGUUUCUGGUGAGUGCUAAAUGUAAAAGUUACAACUGUAACUUCAUUUAAAAGACAUCCAAAUUAUUAAGAAGGUGCUAUUGAGGCCAGUACCAUAGGCAUCUACUUGAUAGUACAUAUCAAGUGUGCACUUUUCUUUUAAGGGAGUAUAAUUGAAUUAAGGGUUGAUAUAGAGCCUUCAAAGGCAAAAUUACUCCAUGUUUCUGACCUGUUUUCACUAAUAGAGGUAGUGUUCCUGGCUAAGCAAAGUAAUAUACUGUAAAUUAAAAAAAGUACAAAAUGAAAAUACAGUAUAUAUAGAAAAAUAAUUGAGGCAAAGUAAAUUAAUGUUUUAAUUUUAAGGCGAUAAUAGUGGACUACUUGGUAAACAAUAAACAACAACAACAAUAAACAAACAAAAAAAAUCGCUGGCCUUGAAAGGCAGUAGUUAAGGCACUUUCUAGUCAGUGAAAAAGAAAUACAGGAGGAAAAGCAAAGUAAACUUUCCUUAUUGCAAUUCAAAACCUAUGUUUGCUUUUCUUUCUGCUUUUCUUCUGUUCUUUUGUUGGGAAAAGUGAAAUUUUCUAUCUUUAUGGCUCAGCCGGUAAGAUUUGAAAAAAAGUUGUGGAUGUUGAACAAAGGCUAAUUAUAGACAUCUACUGCUUCUUAAGGAAUUAUUCAUGAGUUUACAAUUGAUAGUUUUGAUCGGCUGAACUUCCCGUGGGGGGGGGAGGCUCCCCUCAAAAGGGGCACCAUUUUUUAGGCUUCAGUAGAGGCGUAGCCAGCCCAUAGACCUGUAGGCCCACCUAGUGUAAUAAUUGUUGUUGGGGUGAGUUAAAAUGCUUACGACCUUAAAGUGUUGGUGAGCUAAGUGCGUACUAGUCAUGCGUGCAGGUUUCAGGAUAUGUGGAAAUGAAAGUCAGCCAGGCCCACAACAAGUCAAAAAGCUGGCUACACCCCUGUUCUGGUACAGUGCAUAAGAAAAGGUAGGAAUUUCAAGUAUACGAAAAAGAAGGGAAAUCGGUGAUUUUGGUCUCGCUGUAACUAAGGACCAAAAGAGCUGACAUAUGCAUUAUUUUUAUGGCUGUGAAAUAGUUCAGAAAAUGUUCUGGCUUAGUCGUUUAUUCAUAUGAAAAGACAGUGAAUUUACAUCAGCUACAAGGGUUGCAAAGUUCUAAUCUAGGUGUGUGAAAGGGGUACCAUUUGUCAAUAGAAGGUAUACGAAAGGGGGACCUUUUCUGUAAAAAAUGGUAUAUAAUGUAAAUGGGUAAGGGAUUGGACCUUCAGGCAAAUCCUCCCCAUAUAUGACUUUGUAAAAAAAAAUUAAAGCUGAGAAAAAUUUUGCCUCUUUUCAACUUUGUAGAUGCCAUGCAGUCAAUGUGUCUGACAAUGCAGCUUACUUUUACAAUAAAAUCAAUGAAGACCUUAGGAGAGGGGGAAUUGAUGUCAAAGCAGAAGAUAUUAUAGAUAUUGUUGAUGGAUACAAAGGGGGAGGAUAUGGUGUGUCAACUCAACAUGAACUAGGUGGGUAGGACUGGGUGAAUUGAUGUCAAAGCGGAAGAUAUUUUAGAUAUUAUUGAUGGCUACAAAGGGGGAGAUUAUGGUGUGUCAACUCAACAUGAACUAGGUGCACGCUUGUUAGGACUGGCUAAAUUGUUUUUCAAGCAGAAGGCGAUAUUAUUGACGGAUGCAAAAGGAGUGUGAGUAGGUGCAUUCAACUGCUCACGGGAUUGGUUGGGAAAACAAUGAAUAAACAAAGUUAAGAAUAGACCUUAGCCCCGAAACAAGAGAGCUGCGACAUCGAGGUACAACGAAAUUUAAUGUUCAAUCGAUAUGAGGCAGGUGGGUAGUCUGGUGGUCAAACAGAAGAAGUGUUUGAAAGGGGGAUCCAUUUGUGCACACUGUUAAAGUUGCUUGGUAUAACAUUAUAAAAUAAUGCACAUUGGGCUGUACCUGCAACUCCCAAAGCAUCCCCCACUAUCCCCGACUCUUCUCAUAGGUUUGCCACUGAGUUUAAUUCGAAAACAAACGAAAUUUAAUGUUCAAUCGAUAUGAGGCAGCUGGGUAGUCUGGUGGUCAAACAAAACAAGUGUUUGAAAGAGGGAUCCAUUUGUGCACACUGUUAAAGUUGCUUGGUAUAGCAUUAUAAAACAAUGCACAUUGGAUCGUACCUGCAACUCCCAAAGCAUCCCCCACUAUCCCCGACUCUUCUCAUAGGUUUGCCACUGAGUUUAAUUCGAAAACAUGGGCAAUCUUUCUGGCUCCUUCAAUUCACAUGGCACACAAAUUACAAUACGACUGCUUCCAGCUAAGCCUUUGGCAAUAUUACCCUUUGACGUCAUAUAUUCUGUCAUGUUACCAACUUCAAAGACUUUGAGGGGAAGGGGAAGGGAUUAAAUGCUCAGAACUGAGUCACUAGUAAAAUAGCAAUUGACUGAGUCGUUUGGUGUGACGCAACAAAAGGUGUGCAUUGUAUUUUGUUAUCAAAUUGCAGAGAAUAUUAUUGAGAUUUCAAGAACAACUGGAAUAUUGGUAGAUCCAGUGUACAAUAUAAAGGCAAUUAGGGGAAUGUUAUCAGAGAUGAAGAAUAAUCCUGGCAGAUUCAAAGGAAAAAGAGUACUUUACAUCCAUACAGGUACGAGAUUUCAUCACUAUCUUCCUCAGUCUGACUUGAGGUUUAAUUUAGGCUUUCUGCCUUUGUUGAGAAGCAUGUUGUAAAUUCAAUAAUUCACACUCCCCUGUAAAUUUCCACGCGAAAUACAAAUAAUUUUCUCGUUGUCAUACUGUCGAUAGGUAUACCCCGGGAGGUAGGGAGGUAUACCUAAUGCUAAUGUCACUAAUUGAGUACUGAAAACAAAAAUGCAUACUGUAUCCUUGCUUACACUGUACAUUGACCUAAGCGAUCUAUGACGGGACCCACCAAUCCGGAGAGUCCAUUGGAUACUAAUAAGUGCUGUUUUUAGAUUUCUUAUCUCGCGAUGUUAGCAGUGUUCACAAACGUGGGCAGUCCAACAUGGCAGUUGACCUCCGAGACUUAGUUUCCUUGAAUUGUUUCUCACAGCGUCCAAGGUUCUUCAACCAGUUAAACUCUCCUCGCCAAACACUCCGUCGACCUCAUUCGCCACAUCUCUGCUCUGAUUGGUUGAGAAUAUUUGGCGCGACAAAUUAAUCUAUAAAAUAGCCUGAAAAUCUACCACGCUGUGACCCAAGCCUUACGAUGUAUAUGACAGAUAUGCGCACCCGGGCGAUUGGCUCUUGCUAAUGAUGUCAUUUUUUUUCUUUUUUAGGUGGGGUGUUUGGUUUGUAUGAUGGCAGAAUGGAUUCACUAAUCACACAGUCUGAAGAAGGAACAAAGCAGGUUUUUUAUUGGGGAGAUAUCAAUGAUCCUUUACCGUGCUAA